AUGUGCGGCUCCAGGAGAGGCUUGCUGUUCGUGAAACUCCUGCAGACUCUGGUGCCUCCACUUCCACAGACUCUGGGACUACUAGCUCUCGACACCGCACUAAUGGCUCACCAGCUGAACGCCUCCAAGCAUUACAGACUUCUGCACGUCCCCCAGCCUAGAGCCCCACAUAUGGGGGCAGUGACAGCAGCCCAGGAGGUGGGAAACUGCAACCCCCUGAUGCCCUGUAAUUGGCUUGAGCUCACUGCAGCCAAUGGCAUUGAUAUUCCCUAUGUUGGUUACGUCGAGUUAGACGUCAAUAUAUUUGGUAUGGUAGUUCCGCAGCGGGGUAUCUUGGUGGUCAAGGAGCCGUUCAGACAGCAAGCUUCAGAUGGGUCCCAACCUCCUGAUCUGCCCACUCCAGCACGCCCAGGGACUCCUCUUCCGAACGAGGUGCAACUGGCCAUAAAAUGCACCAGUGUGGCUACUCAAUGCGCUAUGUCAGUCAUCCCUGAGAGGUCAACAGAUGACCUGAAGGUGUUGCAGCAGGCCGAUCCAGCUAUCGCCCCGGUGUUGGCCUUUAUACAGCGGCAGUGUGCCCCAGGAAGAAUGGAGAGGGAGGCACUUGACCCUGCGGCCAGAAGGCCUGCCCCAAGUAACCGGAGCCCCGAGCUGUCCGAAACCGGGGAGUGGGCCGCAGAUGGCCUCUGGGUGGUGAGUCGAGAGCCAGAUGUACUUGCGCAUCCAGUCCAGGCUGACGACCCUGCUGUUUGGCCACCAGCCCCACUAGCGGUCAGCUCCGCCCCCGGGUCACGGGUUGGACUCCUACCAGCCCCACAGCCUGGUCAGCCAGGAGCGUUCACAGUCAGUGACAUCAGAGCUGACUGUGUGACUCUGUCCUGGGAGCCCCCUGCUGGUGAAGUGCAGAACUACUCAGUGACCUGUUCCAGCGGAGAAGAUGUGGUACAAGAAGUCCAAACUGAGGAAACCAGUGUGACCAUCAGAGACCUGAGGCCGGGACAGCAGUACCUGUUCUCUGUGUGUGCACAGCUCCAGAGGCUCCAGAGUGAGGCUGCAGAGACCUCCACUCACACAAUCCGGGUGUGUCCCUCCUCGGCCUGCUCCUCUCUCUCCUCGGCCUGCUCCUCUCCCUCCUCGGCCUGCUCCUCUCCCUCCUCGGCCUGCUCCUCUCCCUCCUCGGCCUGCUCCUCUCCCUCCUCGGCCUGCUCCUCUCCCUCCUCGGCCUGCUCCUCUCCCUCUUCGGCCUGCUCCUCUCUCUCCUCGGCCGGCUCCUCUCCCUCCUAUGACACCAGAUCUGAGCCUGGCCAGCCAGGAGCGUUCACAGUCAGUGACAUCAGAGCUGACUGUGUGACUCUGUCCUGGGAGCCCCCUGCUGGUGAAGUGCAGAACUACUCAGUGACCUGUUCCAGCGGAGAAGAUGUGGUACAAGAAGUCCAAACUGAGGAAACCAGUGUGACCAUCAGAGACCUGAGGCCGGGACAGCAGUACCUGUUCUCUGUGUGUGCACAGCUCCAGAGGCUCCAGAGUGAGGCUGCAGAGACCUCCACUCACACAAAGCCUGGUCAGCCAGGAGCGUUCACAGUGAGUGACAUCAGAGCUGACUGUGUGACUCUGUCCUGGGAGCCCCCUGCUGGUGAAGUGCAGAACUACUCAGUGACCUGUUCCAGCGGAGAAGAUGUGGUACAAGAAGUCCAAACUGAGGAAACCAGUGUGACCAUCAGAGACCUGAGGCCGGGACAGCAGUACCUGUUCUCUGUGUGUGCACAGCUCCAGAGGCUCCAGAGUGAGGCUGCAGAGACCUCCACUCACACAAAGCCUGGCCAGCCAGGAGCGUUCACAGUGAGUGACAUCAGAGCUGACUGUGUGACUUUGUCCUGGGAGCCCCCUGCUGGUGAAGUGCAGAACUACUCAGUGACCUGUUCCAGCGGAGAAGAUGUGGUACAAGAAGUCCAAACUGAGGAAACCAGUGUGACCAUCAGAGACCUGAGGCCGGGACAGCAGUACCUGUUCUCUGUGUGUGCACAGCUCCAGAGGCUCCAGAGUGAGGCUGCAGAGACCUCCACUCACACAAAGCCUGGCCAGCCAGGAGCGUUCACAGUGAGUGACAUCAGAGCUGACUGUGUGAGUCUGUCCUGGGAGCCCCCUGCUGGUGAAGUGCAGAACUACUCAGUGACCUGUUCCAGCGGAGAAGAUGUGGUACAAGAAGUCCAAACUGAGGAAACCAGUGUGACCAUCAGAGACCUGAGGCCGGGACAGCAGUACCUGUUCUCUGUGUGUGCACAGCUCCAGAGGCUCCAGAGUGAGGCUGCAGAGACCUCCACUCACACAAGUAAGUGA